AAGGUGCUUACAAUUUAAGGAGCCCAAUUAGAUGCAUUUCUAGCAACCCCUCUCAUCUCCCAGUUCAGAAGAACUUCCACAAGCUGAAGCUCACAUCAUUUCCAAUUCCUUGCGAGGAACUUUCCACCCCAUUAUUAUCAUUCCUUUUAGUCAGCGGAGUAAAGCAGCCUGCCUGGAUUUUAACCUCUUCUUCUCCCCAGAGCUCUCAACAGUCAUGCUGCUCCCAGGGUAGAUUCAAUUCCAGUAGCAUUUUUCCACCCUAUGCUCUGUUUUGGUUUCUCCCCUAGUGCAGUUUCUAGAGCCUGCCAGUGACAUCUCCUGGCUUCCCAUCAACUUGAACUGCACUGAGGGGCUCAGUCUGCUUAGUGACCGCGGUGCCUUUGUGACGCGAUGGUCCUGAUCCUGCCCAUUUUCCGAGCAAGAUGCAGGCAGCCACCUCUUCACGAAGCCUUCCUUGAAUAAUGCAGGCUGAAGAACAACAGGCGUCCUCGGGGCCCCCAGAGAGUUGAGGAAGGGGAGGGAAAUGGAAACAAGAAGAAGAUGCGAGGGAGCCACUGAGAAGAGGAGAGUUUAUACAGACCCAUCCAAAGGGAGCUGGCUCCUGCAGUGACAGGUUCCUGAGCAGCACAGCCGAGGGCUGCAUUUAUUCUGCUAUACAAUGGAUACAGUUUGUCAUGGCCACUUUAAGUGUUAUAGGUUCCAGCUCAAUUAUUGCCUACGCUGUCUUCCAAAAUGUGGUGAGAUCCCCAGAGAUGCGCCCUCUGUUCUACCUGAGCCUCUCUGACCUGUUUCUGGGAAUGUGCUGGCUCAUUGGGGCUCUUCUCUAUACCACAGAGACCACAAAUCAAGACGUUGUCUGCUAUAAUCUUCAAACAACUGGUCAGAUAUUUUAUUUAGCCUCUUUUCUGUACACAGUCAACUACACCCGGCAUCUGUACGUGGAUUUAAAAGUGAAGUACAAUCAGAACCUGUACAGCAUUUCCCCCUUGGUUUUAGAUCAUGCAAAUCGCAUUGGCCGAAUAGCAACAAUUUUGUCCAGCUUGAUCCCUUUCCUAUUAAUGGUUCCUGUGCUUUGUCUGGGCAACAGCAGUGAUUGCUACCAGAACUUCAGCCAGAAACACGGGUGUCUCCUGAUGCACACAGAAACGGCCAUGCUCACUGGCCAACUGCAAACCCGUGGUGGCUCUGUUUGUUCUGUGAUAUAUUUCUAUGGCAUUGGAGUCUUCCUGGUCUCCUUCCUGAUCAGCUUCAUAGCCAUUAUGGUUCUUCUCAUCCAAGCCCGAGCUAUGUACAAAAGGUUCAUAAACUCAACAGGAUUCCUGGGUGAUCAACAGUGGGCAAUGAUAAAGAUAGUGGAACAACGAGUGGUUUUCUACCCAAUCGCUUUCUUCUGUUGUUGGGGCCCAGCCGUGCUCCUCGGAAUAGUGAAGUUGACUGUUUCAGUGAACAGCAGAAUCUACAUGGCACUUUAUAUUCUACAGGCUCUAACAGCAACUUCCCAGGGGCUCCUAAAUUGCAUCGUUUAUGGGUGGACCCAGCACAUGUUCCGCUGCAUGAAACGCAAAGCUUGCCGUGACAUCGACACACAGACACCUCUCUUACGGUCCCAGAAGAAGUACUAUGCCAGCACUACCACCAGCACCCAGGCAGCAGCUGUAGCUACAUCCACAGUGUUGUGACAAUUCUCUGCUCAGCAAGAAAGGAAUGGGCAGCAUGUUGCCCUGCAGCCCUAGCCCGGUCAUGUCUAUGAGACAUCAGCCAGAGCUAUUCUGCUGAUUUUCUUGUUCUGAACUCUUUUGUCAGUAACACAUGCAGAGUUAAGGCUGGAAAAGCCUGAGCACAUCUAGCUGGAGAUUAGCUGUUUUCACUGAAGAUCAUUAUUUAUUUUAUAGUUUUUUAUGAAUUUAUAAUGCAUUAUUUUACCUUUGUAAGCCAUUUAGUGCAGUCUUUUCCUUAUGAAAACAUCUCCAGGAUUUGCUGGGAAUUGUAUAUGAGAGAUCCUUUACAGCUCCUUAAAGACCUUUCUCAUAAGGGUAGAUGACCAGGGGAUGUUUUUCUUACCUCAGUGAUUAUCAGAUAAUUGUAAUUACAAUUGAACAAUAAAGCCAAGAUGACUA